GUAGAGUACCUAAAUGCGCAUGCGUGAAACAUGGUGGCACUGUUUGUAUCAACUGGCGAAGUUGUGAAAUUAUUAUCAUAGUAACGUUUUAAUAAUAGAAAUGGGUUGUUAACUCUGGGGUUUUAAUCAACUCUACACAGAUAGUAUAUCGUACAGAAACGGACGGAAAAUCAUGACAGCUAACGAGGAUCAAGAGAUGGAAUUGGAGGCUCUUCUCUCUAUCUAUGAGGGGGAUGAGUGUUUCAAGGAAAUCAAUUCAGUUUCCUUCCAGUUUAGGAUAGGAGACAUUGACGACACCAAAGCAUUCCUCCUGGAUAUCACAUGGCCUGAGACGUACCCUGACACGGCCCCACAAAUCUCCCUUGAUGCCUUUUUCAACAAAAGAAUCUCUGGAGAAACGAAGCAUCUGAUCCUGUCAAAGCUUAAGGAGCAGGUGGAAGCUAACUUGGGCACUGCAAUGAUGUAUACUCUGUUUGAGUGGGCCAAGGAGAACCAGGAGGCCCUCAUGGAGAACCACAAGCCUGUAGUCAUUGCGGUGGCAACCUCCGGUGAUGGGGGAACCUCAACAUCUAAGAAGAAAGAGAAGAAGGAGCAGCUGACUAAAUCUCAGAAGAGGAAGAUCGUCAACAAAACAGAUAACAAAGGGGAAUUGCCACGAGGUUGGAACUGGAUCGACGUUAUCAAACAUUUGAGUAGAACCGGAGGAAAAGAUGACGAGUAGGCCUCAGGGCGGAGAUCUGGUGCUGCUUUGUGCAAGGAAGUGCAGUGAAGUCCGAACUCACUGCAGUCUGUUGAUGCUGCUCCUGUCUAGAUGCCUUUUUAUAUCCUUCAUCUUCAACGUUUAACACUCAACAUGGCUGCUGUCGCCCUCAGAACCAAAGCAGUCUGGAUAACGAUGGACUUCAGGGGACACACACACACAUCCAGCUAAACUGUGACUUUGAGCUGGGAAUUAUUUGAAGCCCUUGCUGUGUUUUAUGUGUUUAUGGAAUGCGGCCGGGUGACGAGGAACGCGUCAUCGGGUUUUGAUCGUCAUACACAGUUUGCACUCUAAUAUUCUGCUCUAUCAUCCAUCAGGGUGGAGUGUGCUUGAGGUCCUUGCUGUCACUGCCAUGUUUUCAGUCUGAGAUUAGGCCCGGCUGCCACGUGCUGGAGCUUAAAAUGUUGGAUUGUGGUUCUAAAUAGAUGUGUCAAAGUGCAGAUACAUUUUUAAUAAUGCACAAAAUGUCACCACACCAUUUCUUAUUUUCUGAAAUGUUUUCUUCCCCUUUAUGAUUUGAAAAGCUUCAUUUUUUAUAUAUAAAUAUACAUAUAAAAAAGAAAUGGGUCUACUAUUUGUCUAAUAAUGUCAUUUACCAUUUGAUUUUAAUUGUCAGAUUUAGAAUAAUAGUGCUUGAUUCAUGUGAAUUACUCGUUUCUCCUUCAACAGUUUUGUCUAUGAACCUCUUAUUGUUUUUAGAGCUACAAACAUUCCUUUUAAAAGCAUGAGCGCAUUGCAAAGAUGGACAUCAACUCCCUUUAAAGUUCAGCUCUUAAUUGUGUAACACAAUUCACCAGUUCUUGUAUUAAAUAUAUAGCAUUGG